CCCUCUGCCUUGUAUGGUCUUAUGCCGGCUUCCUUCAACUCAAACGGGCUAAUUUUGUCUUUUUCUAAAAUUCAAUCCGGCGAAGCUUCAAAAAUGACGAAAAAACCAAUCCAAUAUGCAAUGAUCGACGCUUUCACUGAUACGGCGUUCAAGGGUAACCCGGCCGCAGUGUGUCUGUUGGAAGAAAAGGAGAGAUUUGAUGAUGAUGAGUGGCUGCAAUCUGUCGCAAGAGAAUUCAACGCCCCUGCGACCGCGUUCUUGACUCGGGUCGGUGCAGCUGAGUCGGAGGAUCGUGACUCGCUGAGUGGAGGCCCGAGUUCGAGAUUCCAACUCAGAUGGUUCACUCCUGUUGCAGAGAUCAAACCUUGCGGUCAUGGAACCUUAGCAGCUUCGCAUUUUCUUUUUACUUCUGGUUUGGCUGGAACAGAUCAAAUCGAGUACCUCACAAAAGCUGGGCUUCUCACUGCCAAAAGGGUCAAUGGAUUUCGGCUAUUAGACAGCAUCUCAAGGCCUUCAAACCAUGAAGUGGACAAAAGCUUUUCUAUUGAAUUGAAUUUUCCUACCAUAGCAGUGAUUGAAUGCAACUCUAUGGAGAUUCCGUCGAUUCCGAGAACACUGAACGGUGCUUUGGUGAUCGAUAUGAUGAAAACUACUCACGGCUAUGCAAUUGUGGUGCUCUCAUCAGGAAAGGCUGUUGCAGAUGUACAACCACAGUUUGAUGAGCUACGAAAUUGUGACGGAAAUGGGGUUAUCAUGACAGGGCUUGCAGAAGGUGGAACGGGAUUUGAUUUUAUCACUCGCUUCUUUUGUCCAAAGUUGGGUAUUAAUGAGGAUCAUGUUUGUGGGAUGGCAAAUUGUGCCUUGGCACCCUACUGGAGUAAAAAGCUGGGAAAGCGCAAUCUAGUCGCCUACAUGGCAUCUCCAAGGGGUGGAAGAUUGGACCUCCAUGUGGAGGAGAACAAGGAGAGGGUGUUGAUUCGAGGCAAAGCCAUUACUAUUGCAUUGGGUUCUCUUUUGGUAUAGUUUUGAAGGGUGUUUACCAUGUGCCACUGGUCGGCUCGUCAGGUCGGCAGGGAAAGGAACGUAGUUGCCAACAGGAUGGGAAGGGAGUGGCCACCCUCUCACCAUUUUUGGCGAGCUGACCCAUCGUUAUUUUCAUUGUGUGAACUUAUUAAGUUGUACAAUAGCAAGGAUGACUACAGUGGGCCAUGUGAGGCACUCUCUUUUGAACUCCUGUUCUUUUGUCAUCUUUGUUUGGUUUUCUAAAAGACAGUUGUUUGAACAAUCAUGUAUGGAUAUCGAAUUCAAGAAAAAAGAAAAAGUAAUAAUUAUUCAGUGAUUAUUUUCA